AUGCGUAGUCACUAUACGUACCUUUACUACUUGAAAGUAGACGUUGAAUUCUUCACGAAGCAGGCUGUGGAUACUGAUUUGCUUACAGGUGGUGAUUGUCAUCAGACCAUCGACAAUGGCAAGGACAAGGACAAGGCUUUUCAACUGUCCUUCCUUGAACCAGGCAUGCGGGUCCGAAUUCAUCCUUUGAGAGGACGACCCCAGUCGGUGUUCUUCAAGAGCUGCUCGAUGAGACUUAUUGAAACCAUUGAUUCAGGAAUUCCGGAACUUCAAACCGAUCCGGAUAACUACGAGGUGAUCCCUAUUUUCUGA